AUGGAGGCUGCUACUAAAGGCCACUUCAGGCUCGCUGGCCGCGAGUUCCCCAAGGUCAACUGGCUGACCGACCCUGGUUUGAGGAAAACUUACAUUUGUUUGAUGUUCGUUGUCAUCACCAGUGCCACCAACGGUUACGAUGGUUCUAUGAUGAACGGUCUCCAAGCCCUCGACAUCUGGCAGAAUGACUUCAACCACCCAUCUGCAGCAUCACUGGGCUUGCUGAACGCCAUCAUGUCUGUCGGUUCUAUUGUUGCUCUACCCAUCGUACCCUACCUCGUUGAUGGCCUCGGUCGCCGCGCUGGUAUUCUCACUGGCUGUAUCAUCAUGAUCAUUGGAGUCGUCCUUCAAUCUGCUGCCAUGAAGUUCGGCAUGUUCGUUGGAGCUCGUUUCCUCAUUGGAUUUGGUGUUGCUAUCGCCCAUGGUGCAUCGCCUCUGCUUCUUACCGAGCUCACUCACCCUCAACAUCGCGCGCUCUUCACCACCAUCUACAACACCACCUGGUACUUGGGUUCGAUCGUAGCAGCAUGGUUGACCUUCGGAACUUUCCACAUCCAGAACCACUGGGCAUGGAGAAUCCCCUCGAUCGUCCAAGCUUUCCCUUCCGUGCUCCAGCUCACCUUCAUCUGGUUCGUUCCCGAAUCCCCCAGAUUCUUGAUCUCGAAGGGCAAAGUAGAGCAAGCACACAAGGUCCUGGCCGAUGUCCACGCCAAUGGUAACCUCGAUGAUGAAGUCGUGAUGCUCGAGAUGGCCGAAAUCAGAGAUACUCUCAAGUUGGAACAGGAGUUCGAAGGAAACGGCUGGAGCGAGCUUUGGAGAACUCCUGGCAACCGUCACCGCCUGAUUAUCCUGUGUUCUGUUGGUUUCUUCUCGCAAUGGUCUGGAAAUGGUCUCGUCUCUUACUACCUUACCCUCGUCCUUGACCAGAUUGGCAUCACCGACACCGAUACUCAGCUCGUCAUCAACGGUGUUCUGCAGAUUUGCAACAUGAUCGUCGCUGUUGGACAAUGUUUCUUCGUUGACAAAAUCGGCCGUCGUACUCUCUUCCUCAUCUCCACUGCCGGCAUGAUGUUGGCCUUCUGCGUCCAGACCAUCUGCUCAGCACGUUUCAAGGUUGAAGGAUCUCAAGCUUCUGCAAACGCCGUCGUUGCUUUCAUCUUCAUCUACUACGUCUUCUACAACAUCGCCUUCUCCGGUCUGUUGGUCGGAUACUCGGUCGAGAUUCUGCCCUACAACAUCCGUGCCAAGGGCAUGACCAUCAUGUUCUUCUGCGUUGAUCUCGCCCUCUUCUUCAACCAGUACGUCAACCCUAUCGCUCUGAAGUCAAUCGAAUGGAAGUACUACAUCGUCUACUGCGUCUGGCUUGGCUUCGAGCUCUUCGUUGUCUGGAAGUUCUACAUCGAAACUCGCAACACCCCUCUCGAGGAGAUUGCCAAGUACUUCGAUGGCGAAGAUGCUGUUGUCGGUGGCGCCGUCGCUACCGAGAAGGGCAGAGCUUUGGCUGCUGAGAUCGGCGGUCUGGGUACAGUCAACAUGACUGAGAAGGACGGUGCCGCUGUCGAGCACAGAGAAGUUUAG